GAGCAACUAAAAAAAAAUGUCAGAGGGAGAAAAAGCAAAAAAAAAAAAUUACUCCUUUGAAGUUACCGUGUACCACUGCAGAAAUGGGAAUUAUAGUGAUAAAAUAAUAAAUGGGAUUCCGGACACAAGUACACCCAGCGGCCCUUACGUAAGAAGCGGAAGAUCGUGUCCUCCAGGAAGAGGCGGAGUCGAGGUGGGGGGGGGAGUGCUUAAUUCAGUAAUGGAUUUUGGAGUUUGCGGAUGUUGAAGAAAUAGAGAACCUCCCGCCUGUGGGCCCAAGGAGUCGACACCGUGGAGCCCCGCCAGACCCGGGACCUACCAUUGAAUAAAUCCAGUCCAGGGUGCGGCGAUUCACUGGCUUCAUGGGGUCGCAGCAGCCGCCAGGGUCUCCGCUGUCUCGCGAGGAGGGUGAAGCGCCCCCGCCCGCUCCGGCUCCUGAGAGUAGGCGGAGAAGUCGCCGGGUACGCCUUCGCGGGUCCUGCCGUCACCGACCCAGCUUUCUGAGCCGUAGGGAGCUAGCCACGAGCGCCCCGGCCGGGUCUGCGCCGGCAUCCUCUGGGAUAAUGGCAUCAGCUGCUAAGGAAUUUAAAAUGGACAACUUUUCACCUAAAGCUGGCACUAGCAAAUUGCAACAGACAGUACCAGCUGAUGCAUCUCCUGAUUCCAAGUGUCCUAUAUGCUUGGAUAGAUUUGAUAAUGUGUCUUACUUAGAUCGCUGCCUACAUAAGUUCUGUUUUCGCUGUGUACAGGAGUGGUCAAAAAACAAAGCUGAGUGUCCACUAUGUAAACAGCCCUUUGAUUCUAUUUUCCAUUCUGUGAGGGCAGAAGAUGACUUCAAGGAAUAUGUCCUAAGGCCUUCAUAUAAUUUUGCCACCCCUGAUGUUCGACGAUUUCGCUACCGAACAACUCUGACAAGGGACCGAAAUACUUCUGUUUAUUCACCUAGUGGUACCAUGAAUAGAAGAACAACAACUCCACCAGAUAGUGGAGUACUAUUUGAAGGGUUAGGCAUUUCAACAAGACCUAGAGAUGGUGAAAUUCCUCAACUUACGAGGCAGAUUGCAAUGAGGAGGCCAGCUACUGCAGAUGAAAGAUCUAUGCGGAAAAUUCAAGAGCAGGAUAUUAUUAAUUUUAGGCGAACUCUCUAUCGUGCUGGUGCUCGUGUUAGAAACAUUGAAGAUGGUGGCCGCUACAGGGAUAUUUCAGCUGAAUUUUUCCGUAGAAAUCCAGCUUGCCUUCACAGAUUAGUCCCCUGGUUAAAACGUGAACUAACAGUUCUUUUUGGAGCUCAUGGAUCUUUAGUGAAUAUUGUUCAACACAUCAUCAUGAGUAAUGUCACUCGUUAUGACUUAGAAAGUCAGGCAUUUGUGUCUGAUUUAAGGCCAUUUUUACUUAAUCGGACUGAGCAUUUUAUACAUGAAUUUAUCAGUUUUGCUAGAUCUCCUUUUAACAUGGCUGCUUUUGACCAGCAUGCUAAUUAUGAUUGCCCUGCUCCUUCGUAUGAAGAAGGCAGCCAUUCUGAUUCUUCAGUCAUAACAAUAUCUCCAGAUGAGGCUGAGACCCAAGAGCUGGAUAUUAAUGUAGCCACUGUUAGUCAGGCACCAUGGGAUGAUGAAACUCCGGGGCCAUCUUAUUCAAGCUCAGAGCAGGUACAUGCUGCCAUGUCUUCCCUUUUAAAUACUUCUGACAGUUCAGAUGAGGAACUUGUAACAAGUGGAACCACAUCUCAGAUGCAAGGAGCACAAACCAACGAGGACCUCAAUAAUGACAGCGAUUCCUCCUCAGAUAAUUGUGUCAUUGUUGGGUUUGUUAAACCACUAGCCGAGAGGACCCCAGAACUUGUUGAACUGUCCUCUGAUUCUGAGGAGUUAGGCUCUUAUGAGAAAAUGGAGACAGUGAAGACACAAGAACAAGAGCAGUCUUACAGUUCUGGUGAUAGUGAUGUUAGUAGAUGUUCGUCUCCACACUCUGUCCUUGGGAAGGAUGAACACAUAAAUAAAAGUCAUUGUGAUUCUGGUACAAGAAUCAGAUCAAAGAAGGAAGAGAAACGAUCCACAUCAUCAUCUCCCAGAGACCUGAGCUCGUCUGUGAGAGACAGAGUAUAUUCCCCACAUAACCAUGGACACAGAAAGAGGGGAAGAUCAAGAAGUUCAGAUUCAUGCUCCCAGAGUAGAAGUGGGCAUGACCAGAAGAAUCGUAGAAAGCACCAUGGUAAGAAAAGAAUGAAAAGUAAACGAUCCAGAAGCAGAGAGAGUAGCAGACCUAGAGGUAGACGAGACAAAAAGAGAUCAAGAACUAGAGAUAGCAGUUGGUCGAGAAGAAGCCAAACUCUCUCUCUAAGUAGUGAAAGCACAAGCAGAUCAAGGUCUUGUAGCAGUGAUCAUGGUAAAAGAAGGUCACGGAGCAGAAAUAGAGAUCGUUAUUAUUUAAGAAAUAAUUAUGGAAGCAGAUAUAAGUGGGAAUAUACUUAUUACAGUAGAAACAAGGACAGGGAUGGUUAUGAAUCAUCAUAUCGGAGGAGGACUCUGUCCAGAGCUCAUUAUUCCAGACAAUCUUCAAGUCCAGAAUUUAGAAUUCAGUCGUUUUCUGAAAGGACAAAUGCCAGGAAAAAAAAUAAUCACAGCGAAAGGAAAUAUUACUACUAUGAAAGGCACAGAUCAAGGAGCCUGUCUAGUAGUAGAUCAAGGACUGCAUCGACAGGGCCUGAUCGGGUGAGAAGUGAAAAGCCUGGAGGGAAACGGAAAUAUAAAACACGGCAUUUGGAGGGUACUAACGAAGUGGCUCAACCAUCCCGUGAAUUUGCUUCUAAAGUAAAGGACAGUCACUACCAAAAAUCUUCAUCAAAAUUGGAUGGGAACUACAAAAAUGAGAGUGACAGCUUCUCAGACAGCCGAUCGUCAGACAGAGAGACAAAACACAAGAGGAGAAAAAGGAGGACCCGGAGCUUAAGUGUGGAGAUAGUUUAUGAAGGGAAAGCUACUGAUACAACUAGACAUCAUAAAAAGAAAAAGAAGAAGCACAAGAAGAAGCAUAAGAAACACCAUGGGGAUAAUACUUCACGUUCCCCGGUUGUAAUUACCAUUGACAGUGAUAGUGAUAAGGAUUCUGAAGUAAAGGAAGGUAGAGGAUAUGACAAUAGUGGUCCUCAAAACCCUGUACAAAAUGAGUUUUUGGCUCCUUCUUUGGACCCAUUUGAAACUAAAGAUGUAGUUACAAUAGAAGAUGAAUUUGGUGUCCUGGACAAGGACUGUGAUAUUACCAUACUCGCUAACAACUUGGAUAAUGCCAGCAAAACUGUAAAUAAUAUUCCACCCCAGGCAUCUUCAGUUGAACAAACUCUUGAUGUAAGAGAAGAGAGCACCUUUGCCUCUGACUUGGAGAACCAGCCCAGUAAUGUGUCUCUUCAAACUGAGCCAUCAAGGCAAGUGCCAUCUCCACGGACAUCAUUAAUGUCAGUGUCUCUGGGUAGAGACCAUGCUAUGUCUUAAAACUGCCAAAGCAUCUAAUUGAGAAUCCUGAUGGUAUAAAAAGAAGAAAAAAGGAACAAUGUCAUCUACUGCAGUCUGCUUAAAGAUGACUCUUGGUGAAAACUGUUUUCCCUUAAAAUAUUUGAAGUGUUUUUUUUGUGUUAAAAAAUUUGUUAAAAAAAAAAAAAAAUUUUGUUUGUCCAAGAGGUAUGUAAGUCCCACCCUCAGAGAUAUGCACUUUUAAGUGAAGAAAAUGAUACUGCUAGCAGUUUAUUUAAAAUUUGGGGUCCUUUUUAAAUAAAAAAAUGUACAUUUUAGAAGUUAUUUCAUAAAGCCAUAUGGUAUUGACAUAUUUUUAGUCAAUGAGUAUUUUUGAAAUUUUUUUUUUUUCCUCCUGAGAGUUAUUCUGAAAAUGUGUUAUAAGCUAGGGGAGUCCCUUUGGACUAUCUUUAUUUUUCUUCUUAGAGAAAAAUUUGUAUGGAUUCAAAACCAUUUCUUCAGGUUACAUUGAGGCAUUUUAAUCUGCACACUUUAUCUUGACAUCUGCCAACAGAAAAAUUUAAACAUUUCCUUUAUAUACUUGUUUAUCUGGACUGCCAGUAAAACAAAUGUGUACGUAUAUUCAACUAAAGAAAAAAAAUAAAACGGUAACACAUUAAAACAAGAAUCCAAAAAUUUUUCUAUUCAGUAUUGGCUUUUUUUUUUUUUUUUUAAUCAAAUACUUUAGUGGAGCUAAAACCUAGAAGAGAGCUAAGGAUAUAAUUGUUUCAUAAAUACUGAAUUUCAGGUGAUCUCCAUUUAACCUCAGUUAAUGAUUGUGCUUUAGUUCUUCAGUAUGAUUAUGAGGAGUAUCUCAUUUGCUUUCUGUCUUCAGCAAAAUGCAAUUAUAUAACAUUGAGCUUACUAAAAACAAAAAAACCCUUUGUUCUUUUACAUUCGUAGUUCUUUUACACAGAGUGGCUAUGUUUUAUCCUGUUUUAGAGAUGACAACGUUGCUCUAUAUCAAGCCUGAUGUAAGAUCACCAGUGAACAGGUGAGCUUGAAUUAAAUCUAAAUUUGGCCUUCGCUUUGCCUGCUACCAUACCCAUACAGUAUUCCACAGAUACUGGAAUGCCUGCAGUGUGGCAGGUUCUAUACUAGGUUUUCAGGGAUUCAAUGAUAGAGCAAAGCAGACAUGGUCCCUGCCCUUAUGGGACUUAGAGACCGUUGUGUAAGACAGACAAUACCCCUAUAGUUACGACAUUACAAACUAUAAUAAGUUCUCUGGAGAGAGUAUAAUUUGCUACAAGAGGCCAAGGUCUCAUAUAAUGAGAGCCUGGUCUCAGGUGGAAUUGAUGGUUGACCUGGAAUCCAGAAGACAAGUAGACAUUAAUUAGAGGAGUAGAGCCGCUGCACAGUUCUCCACAGGAAAAGAUGUGCAAAGAUCCCCAAAGGCAAAAGAGGAGCCUAGCAUAUUCUAGGAGCUAAAGAAGGCAGGGUUAGCCAGAGGACAAGGAGUAUAGGACCAAACUUCGUAGGACCUGUGUAGAGUUUGCGUUUAUCCUUAGGGCAGUAGGAAACUGGCUUAAAAUAAGAAUCUAAAAUUGAUGUAGGUGGUUUUUAGUAAGCUCGGACAUUGGGAGAUUGUAGGAAGACCAUAUUCAAUUAAGGAAUAUACUCACAGAUUAUGAUCACUUGUACUUACAAUAUGAUUUUUCUUAAUAUUAAAACUUGACAGUGCUAUUUUAUUCCACAUCAGAUUUUACAUCGUGCUCUCAGUUAAACAUUUAUUGAAAACCUAUCUUAAUUCACAUCACCAUCCUCUUAGGUGUUCAAACCAAAAAUUUCCAAGCCUUUGAUUUCUCUCCCCGUUCAGUCCCGUCCAAAUCCUGGUCAUUAAUUUUUUUUUUUUAAAUAUAUUUUCAUUGUGUCUGUAUCAUUACCCAGUUUAGGCAGCCAUGAUUUCUCAUCUGUAUUAUACUGGGGCUGGCUGCAUCCACUAUCUUUUGCUCUACUCCCACUUCUUUGCCCAGUCUAUUCUUGAGGUAGUAUUCAGAAGAACUUUAAAAAAAAAAAAAAAAUUUUUUUUUUUUCAUUUCCCUACUUAAAAUACUUAAGUAGUUUCUCUAAACACGCACACACAACCCAACAACUUGAUACGGUCUAUAAAUCUUUGCCGAAUCAGGCUCUGGUCUGUCUCCAGCUUUCCUCACCUCACUAGCUGUAGCCACACUAUGGAGGUGCUGUUCCAAACUACUUCAGAGCCUUCAUUGUGGCUUAUUUCUUCAGCUGGGCACUGAAUUCCAUCCUGCUAAACAAGGUUUUUAAGUUUGCCCCUUCUCCCCACUAUUUCCCCCUUAAAUGCUCAUUUAACACCAGACUCUCAGUACAACUUGAAUUGACUACUAAAUGCUUUAUUCUCUACUGGUGUGAUAGUUUAGGAGUCCUGGCCGCAGAGUGGUUAAGCACUCCGUUGCUAACCGAAGGUUGGCAGUGGGAAGCCACUGACCGCUUCACAGAGAAAAAUGUGUCAGUCUGCUUCCAUAAAGAUUUACAGCCUUGGGGACCCUGUGGGGCGGUUCUACUCUGUCAUAUAUGGUCACUAUGAGUAAGAAUCAACUCAAGGGCCGUGGGUUUGGUUUUGGUUUUGGGGUCUGACAGUUCUUUGACAGCUAUAUGCAGGUGGACUACUAUAUCCCCAUUCACUAUUUCCUUUAACAUAGGAAGUGCUUAAAAAGACUCAUUGGAUGAAUAAGUACUAGGGAUUUCAGAAAUUGGCCAAGACCUUUGUGCUUUUGGGCAGCUCGUCUAUAAACUUUUUUAGCCUAGUAUAUUCUUUUCCUCUGAAUUUUUUUAAUUCAGGUUUUAGUGUUUUUGUGACUUGUAUAAAGGAAACAGCCUUGCUCAUUAAUACCUUCCUUCACCUCACUUAGUGAAAUCUUGUUAGGAUUUUUACUUCCUAGUCUAAGUAGUAGAGCCCUGGUGGUUUAGUGGUUAAAGAGUUCAGCUGCUAACCAAAAGGUAGGCAGUUCAAAUCUAUCAGCUGCUCUUUGGAAACCCUGUGGGGCAGUUCUACUCUGUCCAGUAGGGUCGCUGUGAGUCCAGAGUCGAUUCCACGGCAGUGGGAUGGGGGUAGUCUAGGUAGUCAAGUUCCACCUUAGCUCUCCGGGGGGGCUUCACUAAACCAUCGGAUCUCUAGUUAUGGUGGGUGGUGUAUACUAGGGAGGGACUUAAAGGCCAGGGGAAUAACCACAAGUCCUAGAAAUUCUUCCAUCAUGGGGAAUCAUUGCAGUCCCCUGCCAGUGCAGGGUUGGCACACAAUGAGCCAACCAACACCGCACCUCUGGACUUGGAAAUUUUUUUGGAAGGUGCUUGGGCUACCAGAAUCCAUGCAUGACUUGGUCUGGGCUGUUGUCAGCCCAGGGGUGGGGAGGGCUGCAGGUGGGAGUUCCUCCACAUCACACAGGCUCAGAAUCGCAAUUUUACCCAUUCAGAGCAUGGAUUUCUAACAUGAACCUCAUUAGACUUAUAUACCGUCAAAAUGGUAAUAGAUUAAUUUACCAUGAUAAAUGUAGUCAUUGAGACCAGAAUAUGUAUAGAUAACGUCCAGUGCAUUUCCAAUGCCUUGGUAAAACCUACAUGGGAAGCUGUGUCAUUCAUAAGGUUGCUUCUGAGCAUGGAAUCAAGGGUAGUGGGUAAUUAACUGUAUGAUCUAAGAGCCUAUGUCCACAGGCCCAGCCUUACAAAUGGGACUAGAAUACUUAUCCAGGGACUUGGCCUCUUAGAGAAAGGGAUUCUGAUGUAUGUUUGCCUUUGUGAUUUUCCCCCUUUUGUGGACUGUACAUUGCUGGUAACUCAUUGACAAACUGAUGCAGGCAAGCUUGCAGGCCUGUAGGGACUCUUUUUUUUUUUUUUUUUUUUAAUGAUUUCAAACUUACAGAAAAAUCGCAAGAACAGUACAAAGAAUUCCUGUAUCUGCCUUACCCUGAGCCACCAAUUUUUAACAUUUGGUUUAUCUUUCUGUCCAUCUAUAUAUGUAGUAUUUUUUCUGAACCAUUUGAGACUAGGUAUCAUACACAAUGUCCCUUUAUCCUCUAAUAUUUCAGUGUCUGUUUUCUAAAAACAAGGAUAUACAUGACAAUAGUACAGUUAUCAAAUUGAGGAAAUCCAAGAUUGAUACAAUAAUCUAAAGCCUGUAUUUUAAUGUUGCAACUGCCCUUCUAAUAAUGUCCUUUAUAGCAAUUUCCUCCCACCCCACUCUGAUAGGAUCCUGGCCAGGAUUGCAUUUUGUUGUCUUUUUUUUUUUUUUUUUUAAAUCUUCUUUAAUGUGGAACAGUUCCUUACUUUUUGUGUCUUUUGUGACAUUGACACUUUUGAAGAAGAUAUUUUAUACAAUGUUCUUCAAUUUGGGUUUAUCUGAUGUUUCUUCAUGAUUAGAUUUAGAUCGUGCAUUUUUGGCUAGGCUACUACAUACAUGGUGUUGUGUCUUCAGGGUGUCAUACCUGGAGGCACAUGAUAUUCAUUUGUCUCUUAUUGGUAAUACUGAUAACCUAAUAUGGCUAUUUAAACAAAAUUAAGGGUUUAGUUCCUUAGUUGUACUAGCUACUUUUCAAGUGCUCUUAUCCACAUGUGGCUACUAUAAUGGACAGUACAAGGAUAAAACAUUUCCAUCAUCAUAGAAAAUUCUGUGGGACAGCAUGGGCUAGAGUAUGCCCAUCUGCGUGAAGAUUUCCAGCGGGCAGCUGAAAGAGGAGUAUGAAUCUCGUAGGAGAUUUGAGAUAGAUAAUUGAGGAGUCACUGGGGGCUAGAAUAGUAAUGAGGCUGUGGGAGUGAAUAAAAUCUCCCUGAGAGAGGAAGUAGAGCAAGAAGAGAAGCAGACAGAGGAGAAUUCUAGGGAACAAAACAUUAAGGAGGCCGACUUUAAAAAGAGACCAAGAAGAAAUUCCCUUUAGUCCCAUAUUCCUUCAUUAUCUCUUCCACUUAUAUUUCCUGUAGUGCCCUGCACACAGUAGGACACGUUUUUUGAGAGGUUAAUCUUGUUUUUAAGUUCUGGGGAGCACCUCAUUGUUACCUGUGUGUUACUUGUGAUCAAUGUAUUAGGAAAUGUUGCCCUGGUUAAAGCAAGAUAGGCUGUAUCCAAGGAUAUCUUGGAGGAUUUUCAGGGGAAUAUAGGACUAGGGGAAACCCUGGUAGCAUAGUGGUUAAGUGCUGUGGCUGCUAUCCAAAAGGUCGGCAGUUCGAAUUCGCCAGGUGCUCCUUGGAAACGACAGGGCAGUUCUACUCUGUCCUAUAGGGUCGCUCUGAGUCAGAAUCGACUCAACGGCAGGGUUUUUUUUUUUUUUUAAUAGGACCAGGAAGUGCAAUCUUUUGACCCCAUCGUUUCUGUCAAUCACCGUCCUCUUCACUUCCUUUCAUACUGCAGCUGUGAUUUCCUGGGUUAUGUGUAAAUCACUCCCUUGUCAUUUCCUUACUCAUUCACCGAGUCUGUUGCUGGUUGCCACUGAGUCUCCUCAUCCAUCUCCACCCCUUCCCCCAACUAAAAAACAUCCUGUACAUCUCUCCAGAUAGUUUCUGUUCAGUACAAGCCUGUGUAUGUGUGUGAAUACAUAUAUAAUACACAUGGGGUCUCUUUGCACAUAAUGCUUUGCACCCUUCCUUUUUUACUUGUAUUUCAGACAUCUUUCCAACUUAUUUUUGUCUAAUAUAAAUAUAGUGUGAGCCACAUGUGGAAUUUAAAAUUUUCUAGUAGCCAUAUUAAAAAGGUGGAAACCCUGGUGGCAUAGUGGUUAAGAGUUCGGCUGCUAACCAAAAAGGUCAGCAGUUCAAAUCCACCAGGUGCACCUUGUAAACCCUAUGAAGUAGUUCUACUCUGUCCUAUAGGGUCGCUAUGAGUCAAAAUCAAUGGCAAUGAGUUUAGGUUUUUUUUUUAAUAUUAAAAAGGUAAAAAGAAACAGUAAUAUUAAUUUCAGUAAUAUAUUUUAUUUGACCCAGUAUCUAAAAAUAUCAACUCAACAUGUAAUCAGUAUAAAAUUAGCAUAUUUUACUUUUUUUUUUUUCCAUACAAAGUCUUUGGAAUGAAUGUAUUUUACACUUCUGGCACAUAUUGAUGUGGACUAGUUACAUGUCAAGUGCUUAAUAGCCACCUAUGGUAGUGGCUAUGGUACAGGGUAACACCUCUAAGUCAUUACUUCAGUAUCUACUACAUCCUUUAUGAAGGCUGAUAAUAUACACUGUAUAGCUGUACAUACCCUACUAAUGGACAUUUAACUCAUUUCCAUUUUUUAGAAAUUUUGAAUAGUGCUGCAUUGUUCAUUCCACUUUAAGUAGUAAAUGAAGAGCAAAUUAAAUCCAAAGGGAAUAGGAGAGAGACAUUAAUAAUGAUAAAACCAGAAAUCAAUGAAAUAGAAUAACAAAUUAUCAAAACCCAAAAUUGGCUCUUUGGAAAGAUUAAUAAAAUCAGUAAAUAUCUAGAAAGACUGAUGUAAAAAAAUGAGCAUCAUCAUGAACUCUGUCAUUAAACUUGACAAUUUAGAUGAAAUGGUCAAAUUCCUUGAAAAACAAGAAAACUGAUUCAAGAUGAAAUACAAAAUCAGAAUAAUACAUCUGUUGAAAAAAUUGAAUUUGUUAUAAAGACUCUUAAAGAAAACUCUAGGCCUAAAUGUUUCACUGGUGAAUUCUGUUAAACACUGAAGAAAGAAAUGAUACCAGUUUUACACAAACUAUCUGAAAAUAGAGGAGGAAGACACUUCCCAACUUGUUUCAUGAGGCCAGCAUAACCCUGACACGAAAUCUUGAAAAAGGCAUCUCACACACACAGAUGCAUACACAUACAAAGAAAAUUACAGACCAAUAGCCUUCAUGAAUGUAGACACAAAUAUAUUUAUGAAAAUAAGACAGAUUGAAUCCAGAAUUGUAAAAAUGGCAUGGAGGUGGCGUCUGACUUCCUCUAACUUCACGAGGAGGAAGGGUAAUCAAGAUCAACAGACCAAGACUGAUUCCUAUGAGGCGGAGGUUAGACAUGCCUCAUCUCUCCGCCACCUUUACCAAUUCUGACACUAACCGUCCCUCCCAGUGUCCUCCCAUUGCAUUCUCUACUUCUCUACUGGGUUCGACAGUGUAUUACAGUGGCCACACAGAACUCACAGGCAACACUCAACAAUUAUUGGGUUUAUUAGGGAAGUAACAGGUUGCAAUUCAGGUUCAGGAAUGCUCAGGAUACAGUUUUUCCAUCAGGAAAGCUUUUUCCCACUCUUGCCGCAGGCACGCCUCUCUCUGGCCCCUUGGCCUCUGCCCUGCUCUGGCAACUGUUACAAAGCUUUUUUAGCUCUGCCAGUAAGUGCCCAGAUGCACCCUACUCCACCAGUAAGCCUCGGCCCAAAAGCACUCGGCUUUCUCACUCCAUGGGCUGGGAAGCACACUGCGCCAUCUCCUGCCCAUCUCUCCUGCUGCGUUCCAGGAGCUUCUCAGUGCAGGGAUCCUGGGUUCAAAGGGCAUGCUCCACUCUUGGGCUCUCCAUUAUUGGUGGUGGAUUCUUCUCUUUGCUCUGGAAUUGGCUCUCUUUUAAGCCUAGUGGAAUGGCAAAACUGACCAAUCCUCUUGAUAGGCCACAAUUACCUCAUUUGCAUAGUCCCACCCCAUCACUUGGAUGGGAAUUACAAGGCCACAGCGAGAAAGGCCAUAGAAAAGCUAUCCAUCACACUGCAAGAACAUGUAACAAGGAUGCUACAUCAUGACCAAAUGGGGCUUAUCCCAGGAAUACAUUCAAAAAAUCAGUGAAAUUCAGCAUAUUAACGGGAUAUCUGAUCACCUCAAUAGAUGCAGAACAAUAAUUUGGAACAUUCAACACCCAUUCAUGCUUUAAAAAAAAAAAAGAAAAAAACAAGCCAGGAAUAAAAGAGAACUUCAUCAGUUUAUAAAGGGCAUCUAACAAACGCCUAGAGCUAACAUAAUAACUAAGGUGAAACAUUCAUCAUUUUUCCUGAGAUCAGUAAUAUGGGUAAGCCUGUCAGCUGGAGGUUCUACACAGUGUAGUUAGUAAAGGAAAAGAAAUAAAAGGCAUUAAGUUUGGAAAGUAAUACUGUGUAUUUAUAGGUGACAUGAUUGUUACCUACAAUACCCUAAGGAAUCUACAGAACAAUUACUAGAUCUAAUAAGUGAAUUUAGCAAUGUUAGGUGCCUCAAGGUCAAUAUUAAAAAAAUCACUUGUAUUUCUAUAUACUAUCAACAAACAAUUUGGAAAUGAAACUUUAAAAACAAUUUUACUUAAAAUAGAAACAUAAAAUCAUUAAGAAUAAAUUAGCAGAACGUGUAAGACCUGUAUUCUGAAAACCCUAAAUAUUGCUGAAAGAUCUAGAAAUCCCUGGGCAGUGCACACGUUAAGCACUCAACUACUAGCUGAAAGGUUGGUGGUUGGAACCUCCCUUGGAAGACAGGCCUGGAGAUCUACCUCCGAAAGGUCACAGCCUUGAAAACCCUAUGGGGCAGCCCUACUCUGCACACACUGGGUAGCCCAUGAGUCAGAAUCAACUUUACAGCAACCAAAAACAAAAGAAGACCUAAGUAAAUGGAAAGAGGUACCAUGCUUAUAGAUUAGAAGAUUCAGUAUUGUUAAAAUGUCAGUUCUCCCCAAAUUCAUCUAUAGUUUCAAGGCAAUCCUGAUCAAAAUCCCAGUAGGUUUUUUUUUUUUUUUGUAAAAA